AUGGCGUCACAGAAACGAGACAUAAGAGCUUUUUUCACUUCUGCCCAAAGGUAUUUUAUUUAUAUCUUGUACUGACGUUCUACUCAAACACUGAAAUAAGUUUUCUUGAAUAUUUAAUAAAUUAUUAUCUGACACCAUUUGCAUUUACAAUCAUUUACAUAACAAAACAUCAAUAAAUUUGCAUGUUUGCAUAAUUGCAUGUGAUGUUGAAUGCACUCUUGAUUCUACAAUCUACAGUAUAUCAUUUUGGAUAAUUAACAGGCCCGAAGCACUGGAAGCAGUGGAAGGAGUAUCAAGAAAUUCGGAUAAUUCUGUCGAUGAAUUAAACGAUCAUCUAGAUGAAGAUCAUGAAGUUGCAGUGAACUUGGAAAUGGACUCUGAUAUGGUAAUGAUAGUAUUCUUUAAAACUUUCGUUUUCAACUUUUCAUAGAUAAGCCCAUCGAGAACUAGGAAAGGCUACCUCGUGAAUUUUCUUUCUAAUUGCCAUUGUCCUAAUUUCCUACUGUCUGCUGAAAUAACAAAAUUUCAAAAUUAAUAUUUUCAUUUUACGAGUGCGUCAGCGACGAGGAAGAAGGUCAACCACUGCUUAAAAGAAUGAAUAGUUUACCUCCCAGAAAGCAAAGAAAAAAGGCAAGAGCACCUCCCGUAUUUCCUAAAAAAUGGCUUUCCAAUCCUAAAUAUAAAGAAUGGCUACGUUAUGAUGUGCAACAUAACACAAUGUGGUGUGAUUUUUGUCGAAGUAACAAGAUAUGUGGAGUGUGGGCUGAGCAAGGAACACAAAACUUCAGGUGAUUAUAUUUCCAUCUGGCAAAAAACGUACGAAUCCAACAUUUUUUUUAAAAUUUUAGUUACUUUCUCAACAAAUUACAGGAAAAAAACUCUUCUUGUCCACAUGGCUAGCAAUGAUCAUGCAAGAUUUGCAUUGGCCCGUAAUCCAGCGCAAUCCACAGUGGUGAAAACCAGGGAAAAAAUGAAAAAACAGGAAGCGCGUUCUUAUAAAUCAGCUUUAAGAACAGUCUACUGGAUUUCUAGUGAGGAAAUUCCUAACUGCAAAUAUCCAAGCCUUCUUCAGUUCCAACGUAAGCAGGGUGUCAAGGACAUCAUUCAAAUGAAUCGAGGAAAGAAUUGUAAAAAGGAAAGUCCAGAAUCCUUUCACGAGCUCCUCCACUCAUUAAGUGAAGUAUGUAAUAGUUUUUUUCAGUUAGUAGUUAUAUUGUUAAUUAAUGUUGUGGAGUCAAAUUAUAUAUUGUAUGGAAUUACAGGUUUUCCAGAGAAAAAUGCUCAACCACCUUAAUUCUUCGCCCUUCAUUGGCCUUGGUAUCGAUGAGUCCACAGAUAGGUCACAGGAAAAGCAUAUAGCUGCUGUAGUUAGAUAUGUCGACUCCAACGAAACGAAGAUCAAGACCUCAUUUCUUAAAUUAUCAGUUAUUACAAGCGGCACUGCUCCAGCAAUUGUUGAAGCUGUCAAGAAAAUCCUAGGAGAUUUUAGCAUUCCUGUGAACAAGGUACAUUACAUUUACAUAAUUGAAAUGAGUACUCAGGAAAUAUUUGACCAGAGAUUAGUGAUCUCUUAUUAAUAAUAUUUUAAAAAGAUUAUGAAGUACAGUUGUGAAUUUAUACAACAUUAAUACAUUCUAUAGCUCACAGGUUUAGGUAUAGAUGGAGCAUCUGUGAUGGCAAGUGAUAUGAAUGGUGUAUUGGGACUUCUGCAGCGAGAGAACCCAUUUCUAAUUGGUAUUCACUGCAUUAACCACAGACUUCACCUUGCUGUUUCCAAGGCAGCAAAAGAUAUAAAGAAUGUGAAUACACUAUCCACUAUACUCAGCACUAUUUACCAGCAUGUGAACAACUCACCUAACAGGCUUCAAAAGUUUAAAAAUUUGGCUGAUGUGCUAGGUGCGAUUAAUCAUGACAAUGCACCUGAAGAAGGAAACGAGAACAUUGCACCAUCCUUAAAGUAUCUAAAGUUCAAGCGAGUAAGAAUUAAUAUAGAUGAAUAUUAUGAAUUAAUAUAGCAGAUCCUGGAGCAUUGAAGAGGGAAACUGGAUGAUUAACUUGUUUUCUUUUUAGAUUUUUGAUAUAAGGUGGUUGUCUGUUGGGGAAGCAGUAAAGGCAGUGAUUCAUAAUUACCAACCCCUGCUUAUUCUGCUUGAAGAAGAAGCUGCUAACGAUGAACCUACUUCGAUGGGACUUUUGGAAAAGCUAUCCUCGUAUAAAUAUGUAGCUCUACUCCAUCUCUUGGGUGACGUCGUGGGAGCUACAAAUCACCUCUGCAGAAUUUUUCAGUAUCGAGAUAUUUCAUUUUCUACAUUGCAAAGUCAGGUACUCUAA